CCGUUUGGGCUCUGCACUGCAGAUGCCAGCCGGUCUCCCGGAGCUCCUGCUGCUUCCGCCGCGUCUCUCUGAUCCUCUAGUCUCCGGAGCUCCAGCUGCGCGUUUGCAGCUUGCCACGGAGCCUCGCCGGCUUGGACUCUCUUGAGUCCCGCGUGCGGAGUCGUUCAGGCGCAGCAGCGAGGACCCGGGAGGCCGACGGUGCUCUCGGAUGCGGCAGGACAAGCUGACCAGCUCCCUGCGUCGCGGCGGGCGAUGCCAGAAGCGCCAGGGCGGCGGCGGUGGUGGCGUGGGCACCAUCCUGAGCAAUGUGCUCAAGAAGCGCAGCUGCAUCUCACGAACCGCGCCCCGGUUGCUGUGCACCUUGGAGCCGGGAGCUGACACAAAAUUGAAGUUCACACUUGAGCCAUCUUUAGGCCAAAAUGGGUUUCAGCAGUGGUAUGAUGCUCUCAAGGCAGUUGCCAGACUGUCAACAGGGAUCCCAAAGGAGUGGAGGAGAAAGGUCUGGCUGACCUUGGCAGAUCAUUAUCUGCACAGUAUUGCCAUCGACUGGGACAAAACCUUGCGCUUCACUUUCAAUGAGAGAAGCAAUCCCGAUGAUGACUCAAUGGGGAUCCAGAUCGUCAAGGAUCUACACCGCACAGGCUGUAGCUCCUACUGCGGCCAGGAGGCCGAGCAGGACAGGGUGGUCCUGAAGCGGGUGCUGCUGGCAUACGCCCGGUGGAACAAGAAUGUCGGGUACUGCCAAGGCUUCAACAUCCUAGCUGCUCUGAUUCUGGAAGUGAUGGAGGGCAAUGAGGGGGAUGCCCUGAAAAUUAUGAUUUACCUGAUUGACAAGGUACUUCCCGAGAGCUACUUUGUCAAUAAUCUUCGGGCACUGUCCGUGGACAUGGCUGUCUUCAGAGACCUCUUGAGAAUGAAGCUCCCCGAGCUGUCUCAGCACCUCGAUGCUCUUCAGAGAACGGCAAACAAAGAGAGCGGAGGUGGCUAUGAGCCUCCGCUCACCAACGUCUUCACGAUGCAGUGGUUUCUCACUCUCUUUGCCACGUGCCUCCCGAACCACACGGUUUUGAAGAUCUGGGACUCAGUCUUCUUUGAAGGCUCGGAGGUCAUCCUGAGGGUGUCGCUGGCUAUCUGGGCAAAGCUGGGAGAGCAGAUAGAGUGUUGUGAAACCGCAGAUGAGUUCUACAGCACCAUGGGACGUCUCACCCAGGAGAUGCUGGAAAAUGACCUCCUGCAGAGCCACGAACUCAUGCAGACUGUUUAUUCUAUGGCUCCGUUCCCUUUCCCACAGCUGGCAGAGCUGAGAGAAAAGUAUACCUACAACAUCACACCAUUCCCAGCCACAGUUAAGCCCAUGUCCGUUUCCGGGCGACAUAAGUCCAGAGAUAGUGACGAGGAGCAUGAGCCGGAUGACGAGGACGCCAUUGCUAGUGCCGUGGGAUGCCUCGGGCCUUUCAGUGGGUUCCUGGCACCUGAGCUGCAAAAGUACCAAAAGCAGAUUAAAGAAGCAAGCGAGGAACAGAGCCUGAGGUCCAACAACAUUGCCGAGCUGAGCCCGGGAGCCAUCAAUUCCUGUCGAAGUGAAUACCACGCGGCCUUCAACAGUAUGAUGAUGGAGCGGAUGACCACAGACAUCAACGCCCUGAAACGGCAGUACUCUCGCAUCAAGAAGAAGCAGCAGCAGCAGCUCCACCAGGUGUACAUAAGGGCAGACAAAGGCCCAGUCACCAGCAUCCUCCCAUCCCAGGUAAACAAUUCUCCAGUGAUAAAUCACCUUCUGCUAGGGAAAAAGAUGAAAAUUACAAACAGAGCCACCAAGAAUGCAGUCAUCCACAUCCCCGGCCAUGCAGGAGGUAAAAUGUCUCCUGUCCCCUACGAAGACCUCAAGACCAAGCUCAACUCUCCAUGGCGGACUCACAUCAGAGUCCACAAAAAGAACAUGCCACGGACCAAGAGCCAUCUGGGCUGUGGGGACACGGUAGGGCUGAUUGAGGAGCAGAAUGAAGGCUGUAGGGCCAGUGGCCUUGGGGCACCUGAGGAGUUUCCCUCGAGCUGUGCAGCCACCGCUCGUGGUGAGGGUAGCAGCUGUGCCGGUGGCACUCCGAGGACAAUCGAAGGGCAGUCGCCGGAGCCAGUAUUUGGGGAUGCUGAUGUUGUCGAUGUGGCUGCAGUGCAGGUGAAAUUAGAAGCCUUGGAACUGAACCAAAGGGAUGCCCCUGCCGAGACUGAGCCCAAGGUGCACCUUCCCUGCCAGCAGCAUGCCCCAGAGUCAGUGGGUGGCCCCGGGGAACACCAGGCUCCCAGUAAUCCUCUCCCUGUCAGCAACUCAAAAGCCCCUAUCUUCAGCCCUUUUCCUAGCGUCAAGCCGCUUCGAAAGUCAGCCACGGCCAGGAAUUUGGGGUUGUACGGCCCCACAGAAAGAACCCCAACCAUGCACUUUCCUCAGAUCAGCAGGAGCUUCAACAAGUCGGCCACUGGGAGCAGCAGCAGCACCAAGAAGCGAUGAGAUGUCGCCUCCCUGUGGCUCAGCGUCUGGACCCGCGUGGUAUGGCGAUGUUAGCAUGCCGGCCACACCCUUCCUGUUCUGUUUGUCCUGUGAGAAUGAAUCGAGAGGCUAGGAGCCGAGCACCGACUGCCCAUCAAAGUGGGAACUGGAAGUGUCAUGGUGGGAACCAGUGUAGGGACCUUUCCUACCCAGCAGGUAGCUGGGAAAGUGGAUUCUUGUGACUGAAUAAACUGCGUGCUUCUCAAGUGUGGAGUUUCCCCAAUUUUCCUUGUGAACUCUUUAGAAAAGACAGUAUGUAGACUGUUAAGCCCUCUUCCGGCCUUCUCAGGGCCUUUUUGGGAUCCCUGAAAACAGCAACACGUCCCCAUGGCCUUCCUGUCCUCUGGGCAUCACCAAUCCUCCAGCAUGAACGAACACACCAGCUUGCUAGAACUGAAACUGUCCAAAUAAGUUUCUUAGUUGCAAAAAAAAAAAAACAAAACUGUCCUGAUGUUUCUCUUUCUGCUCUGUCGGAGAGGGGAGGAAUUUGUGUGUGUGUGUGUGUGAUGAGUGUGUAUGCGUGCAUGUGUGUGUGCACUUUAAUACCUGUCUUCAGAUUGUUUUUUAUCCUUACGCUAAAGCAGAAAAAUCAAGAUAGUCUUUCUUUAACUUUCUAUUUCUACCCGUGAAAAGAAAACCUUCACAUCAGUUGACACUGACGUUAAUAACCAAACUGAGGAGCAUACGCAGAGACACUCAUUGGCUAUGCAUUAAGUAGCUGCUCUAUCCGAACUGCUUGCCAAUUCCAAACUUUCCCGAGACUUCUUUUCUUCUCUCGAGGACUCAGCGAGCUCCCUGUGGAACGUGUGCACCCUCUGGACGCGGUUCCUACACCUCCGAGCCCUCUCUCCACUACAGAUGUGCAAUGCCUUGCCCACAACCAGAACACAGCACCCGUGACUCUGUUACUUGAAUUUUGUGCUUUUGGGUUGGACUACUUUGUUACUUGAAUACUGCCUUUCUCUGGAGCAGGCCCCAGCUCUUUCCCUCAUGUUCUUCUCUCUCACUCACUCCUACCCUGGUCCCAACAGGUCAGAGGUAGCUCCUCUUGUCUCCACUAUGCAGUUGGGAACUCUAUGCCACACACAUGAAGUGGCGCUUCAGUUACUCCAGGUAAAUAAUCCAGUGUGUCUGUCAUAGGACCUCACUAUGUUUCUUCUCGUACGAUAAGCUGGCUUGCUGCUCUUUGUCCGCGUGUGUUGGUGACAGAGCUGAUCCGAGCCAAGACUAGGAAGCCAUUCACUGCACAGCCUCCUGACUCUAAGGCUCUCUCUCCAAGGCGUAGAGGCCUGGGAUGGUGUUUACAGAACGAGCUGCGAAACCUCCUCCUCAUGAAAAUUAUUUCUUUCUCCAAAUGCUUCGUGCACCUCUCCCUUGGCUGAAUGAAGGGUUUUCUGCUCUGUCACCACCGUCAUUAGCAGAAUAGAAAGACACCCUGACCUUCAUCUCUGGAAGGCUUUGGCAGGUUUUUCAGGAAUACUGUUGAAGCCGUCAGUGUUCAUUUGAGCAAGUCGGUUCACUAAUUCUGAAGCCAGAGCUGGUUUUAGAGCGAGCUUUUACAAUGAGAGGUACUCAGUUUUUUUUUUUUUUUUUUUUAAUAAGCCAGUGGAAUUGUGUGGGCUCUUUUGAAUGAAAAGCCUCUACAGGAAUGGCACAUUUCAUGCCCUGUGUGGUAUUUUUGCCCCAAAGGACCCGAGGAUGGAAUGCAAGGCUAAUAAGUUGCUAUACUUUGGGGCUGGAAUUCUAUCUGAAGUUAGCAGGCAACUUCUCAACAGACAGCCAUGCUCUUCCUAGGCCUGGGGUGGGUGGGUGGGGGGCUUACUUUGCACACCAACCCCAGGUGAUGGAGCCACUGUUUCCUAAAGCUAAGCACAGAAAAGGAUUCCUGUUAUCUGCUAAACUUCAGAUAACAACUUUUAGCCUCACUAGCGUCUUUUCUCCUGAUAAUCCCAAUUAAGCUCCCCCACCCAGUCUGUUUGACUUAAAUAGAAAACUGUCCCCUCUUUGCCAGGCUCAGGCUCCCCAAGAGUCUGGGUGUUGGGGAGAGGUGGGUAGUCAGGUGGGGCUCCUCUACCGAGCUCUGUCAGUAUUCUCCUCUCGCCUACGUCUUGAGAAAGGGACCGACAUAGGGCAUGGGCUGAGUGUCGGUUGAAGGGAUAGCUGAGAGGGAAUUUUUUUUCUUUUCAGUUAAAAUGACCAUGUCAAUUUAGAAAACUCAACAGAUUCCUAUUAAGGCUCUCUGUACCAAUACCAUGCAUGCACAGCACCAAGUAGUCACAACAUGAACCGGUCGACUUCUGAGCCUUGCCGUUUAGGACAAGAACUCUGCCACAGCCUCCCCGACACAGCAUGUGCAAAGGCCUGUAUGGACUCACCGUCUUCCCCAUGUACUGGACACUUUGCCAACACCAGAAGAACUUAGCCGCAGGAGUUUAUUUCCACGCCUGCCUGUACCCUCUCAGCACUUUUUGGGGAGUCAACCCUGCACCUCAGUCCUCUCUAAAAACCUCUAGAUCUACACCUAGUUUGUAAUGUCUACCUAUGGCUGUAACUGUUAGGAACGAUGUUCUCCUUUUCUCUCAUCUCGUUCUGAAGAACUGUAAUGACAAAGAUAAAUGCAUAA